CUCAGCAAACUGUUAAGACUCACCCACCUUGAUCUGAGUAUGAACCACUUCACUACAAUCCCUCUUGCUGUCUUGAACAUGCCUGCCCUCGAGUGGCUGGAUAUGGGAAGCAACAGCCUUCAACAACUUCCUGACAGUCUAGAAAGAAUGCAAAGUUUACAUACAUUGUGGCUACAAAGGAAUGAAAUAACUUGCCUGCCAGAAACAAUCAGAAAUAUGAAAAACUUGGGGACUCUCGUUCUCAGCAACAAUAAACUGCAAGAUAUUCCAGGCUGCAUGGAAGACAUGACAAAUCUGAGGUUUGUCAACUUUCGAGACAACCCACUGAGACUGGAGGUGACACUUCCUCCCAGUGAAAACACAGAAGGAGAGGAGGAGCAGGAGUUGUUUGGGCUUCAGUUCAUGCAUGCAUAUAUACAAGAAUCACGGAGAACAGAUGACCAAGUCAACGGUCUGACUCUGCCAAUCUCUAUACAUUCUGAUGGAUAA